AUGCAAUUCCUUACCCUGCUACGGAGGCUGAAUGCCUCCCAACAGUCCAUUCAAAAAGUCGUAGGAUAUGCCCUCAAAUAUUAUUCUCGAUGCGGGGAGGACUUGUGGGACUGCAUAGUGGAAGAAUGCCAAAAAGGUUCUAUCAACAAUCGUAUCAACAUCCUCUACUUUCUCGAUUCUCUUUGCGAGACGUCGCUUCUAGCAAAGACGCAUCCGACCUCCCAAAGCUCAGACAAGUCUUCAAAUAACUGCUUUUACGUAGACUAUGUGUCGCGAGACUUGGGCAAGAUCAUCGAAUAUGUCGUACCCGAAGGGAGACAAGGCCUCCCUAAUAUGAUGAGUACCAAACAGAUACUUGAAAGCUGGCGUAGCAAGCGUAUAAUAGACCCUCAAAUCGUUGACAGUGCCAUGACUUCACUCGAUGACCGUAACGCACCCACAAACUCCCCUCCUCACUCCAUACCCUCGCCAUUAGCCUCUCAUUCAUCUGAUCCUGCUCCUCUCCCUCGCCAUGAAGUGUUCAAACGCAUUGAGGAAGACAGAGAGCGACACAAGCGUCUUCGAGAGCGUCGAUGGGUGCAGCCUGUAUCACAUGCGCCAAGAAUCCACCAGUUGGCAUCCUUCAUGCCUCUGACAGAUGACGGAGACGGAGAAGACGAAUUGACUAUGGACAUAGAAUUUGAGAAUGAGUGGGAGACGACGAGCGAUUGGAACGAAGAUGAUGAUGAUGCGGUCGGAGAAGAGAAUGAGUUGUGUUUUCCUGGGGAGGGCGAGGCGCCAAUGGACUUGUCGUAG